AUGGCGACUCCACAGAGCCCGUCGGCGCACAGUGCCAUCGAUCAUAGCUGCAACUUCCCCUUUCCGAACCUAGAAGGAUGCGCGACGGUCCAGAACGCCGCUGGCCAGAACAUCACCUUCGACAUCAACGCAAAGGUCGAAAAAGGCUUCUUCCAGGCGCAAUGCGAUAACAAGUGGACGUGCUACCGCCGAAACUACUUCGCGGUGACGUGCAGCUACACCAUCACCCCGAACAAUGAUAAGUCCUCCCUCUACUACAUCAAAGGCCAAGGACAAUCCGACAAACGGAUCAAAGCCAUUGCGAUGUGUGUAAAGGCCAUGAUCGACGGCAGCCAGGGGAAGAAGGUUGAGCUGAUCCAACACACGCCCCGACGCGACGCGGGAUCGAAGUGGGAAGUCAACUAUGUGCAUGUCGCUCCCUUGCCGACCGGACGGCCGGAGCAUGGCAUGCCGUCGCAUGGAGGCUUCCAUCACCCAACGAUGACCUACCACCCCACCUGGCAGGGAGCUAUGCCCGAUCUUCCGUACCAGGCCAUCGCCGGCCACGUGGACCCUUAUUCCUCGCAGGGCCAGAUUCUGAGCCAGAGCAGCACGAACGGCGGAUACGGCAACGGCGGCUUGCACAUGCCCAUGCAAGGCCUGCCGACCAGCACCACCUUCGACCGGAUCCAGUUCAAACAAGCGACCGCGAACAACGGAAAGCGCCGCGCUUCGCAGCAGUUCUUCCUUCUGGAGUGCCAGGUCCUGGCCGAUGUGCGCGCGCGCGAGAGUGACCAGCCGGAAUGGGUCAAGGUCGCCUGUCGGACCAGCGAAAAGAUUGUCGUCCGCGGCCGCUCGCCGAGCCAUUACUCGAACGAAGGCGCACCCAACCAGAGCGGUCGCAGCGCCGGCGGGAAUAAUGGCAACAGCUCGUACACGAUGCACCACGGCCCAUCGUACGGCCCAUCGAAUCCCGGAGGCUUCCGCGCUGCCAAUAAUGGAUACCCAUCCCGCGCCACCUAUCCUUCCUCGUACGGCGGCGGGACACAGUACCCACUCGUAUCGAUGGAGUCUCCAGAGAGCCCCGGCAGCGUCGAGGGUGGUGCAUCCGACGAAGCGCAUCCGAUCGAUCUCGGAGCUCACGAAGUCGACCGUGCGGGCAUCCCAGACCAUCCGAGCUACUCCUACCACCCCUUCGCUCAGUACGAUCCUGUCAUCCCGAAUGCAGGCCCGAACCUGCCACUGCCCAAGAUCGAAAGCUCGGGCACCAGAGGCACCACGGAGCCGGCCAACUUCCAGGUCACGCACGGGCACGGUCUCGGGCUCUUCAACGAGUAUCCGGAGGCGACGCCUGGUCCAUCGUUCCGCGUGUACCCUAAUGCGCCACGCUUCCAGGGCUUCGAGUCUUCGUCGGGCUUCUAUCCUGAGUUCGGGCCUGCUCCGUUCGCCUAG